AUGGCCAUAAAAUAUGGAUCAACUCCUUCUCAUAGAGACCUCAUAAUACGGGAAGCGAAGAUUAUCUUCAAUCACAUCUCGCAUCCUAAUUGUAUAGAGAUUUUUGGUUUUUACGAUAGCCCAAAGUAUGGAACGGGUGUUGCAAUGGAAUUGAUGGAUUGCAAUCUAGCCAAUCGUGAGCUCAAUAUUUCUCUUUUCGUUACGUUGGAGUUUCUGAACCUAACUUUACUAAAUAAUUUCGUGAAGCAGAAGAAGGCAAGAAGAAGGCACUACGUUUUGGUGUUAUACCAAGCUCAGGCUCGAAUGUUUUCACGCGCUGCUAUUUUCAGUCUUCUGCUUUGCGAUGGUUAUCACAUUCUGAAGGUAUGUGAUUUCGGCACAUUUGUAACACUACAAGAGUCGAUGACUUUGAAUCACGGAACACCCAUAACAAUGGCUCCCGAAAUCAUCAGAGGCUCAAAAAACUACACAACCAAAUGUGACAUAUACAGUUUUGGAAUUAUAAUGUGGCAAAUUAUAGUGAAUUUUCUGUCGCUGAUCUAUUAUAAUUUUUUCCCUUUCUUAAUUCGCUUUUACAAAAAUUGCCUUCAUAGGUGUUGGCAUGACGAUCCAGAUGUAAGACCAACCAGUGAGGAACUGAUGGAAUAUUUUUCGUCUUUGAAGGAGGUAAGUUCAUCAUUACGCUUUUUCGUCUCUAUCUUAUUGUAA